GAAGAAGGGAUUGUUGUCAACAAAUACAAACCUAAGAACCCCUACACUGGUCGAUGCCUCUUGAACACCAAGAUCACCGGCGAUGACGCUCCCGGUGAAACCUGGCACAUUGUCUUCACCACCGAAGGUGAGAUUCCGUAUAGAGAAGGUCAAUCGAUAGGAGUGAUUCCUGAGGGAAUUGAUAAGAACGGGAAGCCCCACAAGCUGAGGUUGUACUCCAUCGCCAGCAGUGCCAUUGGUGACUUUGGAGACUCCAAGACUGUUUCUCUCUGUGUCAAGAGAUUAGUUUACACAAAUGAUAGCGGAGAGACUGUUAAGGGGGUCUGCUCCAACUUCUUGUGUAAGACGAAGAACAAUUAUGGGGUUCUGAUUGGAUAUGUUACGUUUAUGGGUUUAAACUCUUCUUAUUGA